UUCCCCGCCACUCAACACCAUAAUCACUUGAAAGAAGAGAGAGAAACAAAAAUGGCGCUGCAACUCUUCUCACCACCAUCAAUUUCUCUCUCUUCAUCUUCUUCAACUACAACUAAAUUAUCCAUUUUCCAUCUCAGCACUUUCCGAUCAAUCUCCGCCGUACGACUGCAGUCACGAACCGAAGGUUUCAGGACAAUGAAGACGACACCGUUUUGCGUGAAGGUGGAAGAAGGAGAGAAGGUUCUUGAAGAAGAGAGCGGAAAAGAGUGGGGUAAGGUUUCUGCUGUGUUGUUUGAUAUGGAUGGUGUUCUUUGUAACAGUGAAGAACCUUCUAGAAGAGCUGGUGUUGAUGUGUUUGCAGAAAUGGGGGUUGAUGUUACUGUUGAUGAUUUUGUGCCUUUUAUGGGAACAGGGGAAGCAAACUUUUUGGGAGGCGUGGCUUCACUGAAGGGAGUUCAGGGAUUUGAUAACAAUGCUGCCAAAAAAAGAUUCUUUGAAAUUUAUCUCGAAAAGUAUGCAAAGCCAAAUUCUGGAAUUGGAUUCCCAGGCGCUCUUGAACUUAUUACGCAGUGCAAAGCGAAGGGCCUCAAAAUUGCUGUUGCAUCUAGUGCUGAUCGUAUCAAGGUGGAUGCAAAUUUAGCUGCUGCUGGGUUGCCACUUAAAUUGUUUGAUGCUAUUGUGUCGGCAGAUGCGUUUGAGAAUCUGAAGCCUGCUCCUGAUAUUUUUUUAGCUGCAUCAGACAUACUUAACGUGCCACCUAGUGAGUGCAUUGUAAUUGAAGAUGCACUUGCGGGAUUACAAGCAGCUAAUGCCGCCAAAAUGAGAUGUAUAGUUGUGACAACAACUCUUUCUGAAGCUGCUCUGGCAACUGAAUCUCCAUCGUUAAUCAGGAAGGAUAUAGGGAACAUUACUCUUGAUGAUAUUAUCAGUGGUGGAUCUAGCCUCCACAAUGAGAGGUUGCAGGCAUCACCACAAACUGGAGCGGUGUCAAAAGAAGAAGAGAGAAAUUCCUUCUCAUCUGGAGGGUUGCAGGUUUCCAGGAGAAAUAUUCUCAGAUAUGGCAGUUUAGGGAUUUCUGUAUCUUGUUUCAUCUUUGCCAUCUCAAACUGGAAGGCAAUGCAAUAUGCAUCACCAAAAGCUCUUUGGAAUCUUGCAUUUGGAGUGAACAACCCAAGUUUUGAAGCAAAUGAAGGAGGGUCACAAUCUGCAAGGGUACAACAGCUUGUGAAUUACAUAUCUGAUGUUGAAAAAAGGGGAAAUGCUUUGACUGUGCCCGAAUUUCCUUCUAGACUUGAUUGGCUUAAUUCUGCACCCCUUCAGUUUCGCAGGGAUCUCAAAGGAAAAGUGGUAGUCUUGGAUUUCUGGACCUACUGCUGUAUAAAUUGUAUGCAUGUGCUACCUGAUCUUGAGUUUUUGGAGAAGAAGUACAAAGAUAUGCCAUUCACUGUUGUUGGAGUACAUUCAGCUAAAUUUGACAACGAAAAAGACUUGGAAGCUAUUCGCAAUGCAGUUCUGAGAUAUGGAAUUACUCACCCGGUAGUAAAUGAUGGAGAUAUGUUUUUAUGGCGUGAGCUAGGGGUUAAUUCAUGGCCAACUUUUGCUAUUGUUGGACCUAAUGGUAGGCUUCUAGGGCAAAUAUCUGGAGAGGGUCGCCGAAAGGAUCUUGAUGAUGUUGUGGGAGCUGCACUUCUAUACUAUGGUGAAAGGAAGAUGUUAGAUAACACACCCCUUCCUCUGCGCUUAGAAAGAGAUAAUGAUCCCCGAUUACUUACCUCUCCUUUGAAGUUUCCGGGAAAACUAGCUGUGGAUGUGCUGAAUAAUAGGCUGUUCAUUUCAGACAGUAACCACAAUCGUAUUGUUGUCACUGAUUUGGAUGGGAACUAUAUUACACAAAUAGGAAGCUCCGGAGAGGAGGGUUUACGUGAUGGUAGUUUUGAUAAUGCCACUUUCAAUAGACCUCAGGGCCUUGCAUACAAUGCAAAAAGAAAUGUUCUUUAUGUUGCAGAUACUGAAAACCAUGCUUUGAGGGAGAUCGAUUUUGUCAACGAGAUGGUUCGCACCCUUGCUGGCAAUGGAACAAAGGGCUCAGAUUAUAAAGGGGGAGGAAGAGGAACCUCUCAGCUCCUCAAUUCUCCAUGGGAUGUCUGUUUUGACCCUGUUAGUGAGACAGUUUAUAUAGCAAUGGCUGGCCAGCAUCAGAUUUGGCAACACAAUCUUUCAGAUGAAACCACAAAAGCUUUUAGUGGUGAUGGUUAUGAAAGAAAUUUGAAUGGCUCAAGCCCUACAACCACAUCAUUUGCACAACCUUCUGGAAUGUCUUUGUCUGCAGAUUUGAAGGAGGUGUAUAUUGCUGAUAGUGAAAGUAGCUCUAUACGAGCUCUUGAUCUCAAGACAGGCGGAUCAAGGUUGCUGGCUGGAGGUGAUCCUUUAUUCUCUGACAAUUUGUUCAAGUUCGGUGACCAUGAUGGAAUUGGUGCUGAAGUACUUCUUCAACAUCCAUUAGGUGUCUGUAUUGGACAAGAUGGUCAAGUUUAUAUUGCAGAUUCUUAUAACCACAAGAUAAAGAGGCUUGAUCCAUUGAAUAAACGAGUCAUUACCAUUGCUGGGUCUGGAAAAGCUGGUUUCAAGGAUGGUAAAUCUCUAUCGGCUCAGCUUUCAGAACCAUCAGGGGUUGUUGAAGCAGGAUUGGGAAGACUUUUGAUAGCCGAUACCAACAACAGUGUAAUCCGAUAUAUAGAUUUAAGCCAAAGCGAACCUGAGCUUUUUACAUUGGAGUUGAAGGGUGUUCAACCUCCUGCUCCAAGGACCAAAACUAUGAAACGUCUAAAGAAGCGGCUAUCAGCUGAUACACAGAUUGUCAUGGUGAAUGGUGGUUCAUCAAAAGAGGGCAAUUUGUACCUUAGGAUAUCAGUACCUGAAGGGUACCAUUUUUCAAAGGAAGCUCGUAGUAAAUUCAAUGUAGAAUCACAGCCAGAUAAUGCCGUAAUUUUUGAACCCAUGGAUGGGAAUCUCAGCGAAGGAUCUGCCAUGCUUCAUUUCAAGAGAUUUAUCCCUUCAGCUUCUUUGGGAAGAAUAAAUUGCAAGGUCUAUUAUUGCAAGGAAGAUGAAGUUUGUUUGUAUCAAUCAUUAGCUUUUGAAGUAAACUUUCAAGAAGAAAAUUCAGAAUCAUCGCCAGCAGAAAUAACUCUUCAGUAUCUUGUGAAACCAAAAGGCACUAGAGACACCCUCCAGUUACCUCCUAGCUCUUGAUACAUUUCCCAACGGUAUGCAUGCGCUCACAAGGAUUGUAAUUGCUACGCAAGUAUACUUGUAUAGAAAAUUAAACAAGAAUCAGAGCAAGUUCUGUUGGAACACGUAAUAUUUUCGGAUUGUAUCCAAGAAAAAGAAUGUGCAAGUUAAACCUCAUUUUCAAAACUUCGUACAAAGUAAAAUAUGGUUUUCUGUGUAACAAUGAAUGUUUCUCAGCUAUUUGUUCAGUUUCUUCAGUUUUCCA